CAAAGAAAAACUUCUCAAGGCCCGGAAUUAGAUUUGUUCACGCAAUAUAUCUUGGGCCCGGACCGGCAUUACCACGAAAAAAAACUCCGUCGACAUCACGGUGCUGAUUCAAUGGCGAACCACGCAGCUGAGGAAAAGCCUCUUAGGAAAAUGGCGGAAGCCUUCAAAGACCUAGCCAACACUUUGAAUUCUCAAACCCUAGAUGAAGCUGCUAAGAUGGAAGUAGCUCCUUUCUCUCACGCUUGCACUUUGGUCUCUCCUCUAUUCCGUUGCCUCGGUAUCGCCUUCAAGUUUGCCGAGCUCGAUUACGUUGCUAAGGUGGGUGAUCUAGCAGAGGCAUCAAAGUCUAUUACAACGUUGCACACUAUGAUGGAUCAAGAUAUUCAAGCAAAUUGUGUGAGGAAGGCAGGUAGUCAUACAAGGAACUUGUUAAGAGUUAAGCGUGGGCUGGAUAUGGUUAAGGUUUUGUUCGAGGAGAUUAUAGCCGCAGAGGGGAAUUCCUUGAAGGAUCCAGCAUCAAAAGCAUAUACACAAGUGUUUGCUCCAUACCAUGGAUGGGCCAUCAGGAAAGCUGUGUCUGCAGGAAUGUAUGCCCUUCCCACCCGGCAACAGCUGAUGAUCAAGCUUAAUGAAGAUGAAGUCUCUGCAAGAACGCAGAUGCAAAAUUAUGUCGCCUCGUGUGAGACUGUCAUUUCGUACAUUGACAAACUAUUCACCUCAAGAGAUUUGGGUAUUGAUUGGUGACCAUGAAGAACUGGAUGACAGAACGCCCAUUCAUUUAUGUGAUUCACCCCUAAUCACUAUUUAUUACUAUAUAUGUAUAAUCAUUUGACGCAGUGGUCCAAAUAUUUGAUUGUAACUAACUUAUCUUUACUAGCAGGGAAAUGAAAAAAAUGCCCUAGAACAGAAAAGUAUCUAUCUGCAUUUGGGGCGAGGUUGAGCUCAUUAUUUAAAAAAAGAAGAAGAAAAUACCACUUCAGUUUGACUGAAGUGUAUAAUGUACCGAGUUAGAAAGUCACAAAAUUACUUACCAAUACUCUUUGCCAUGUUAUAAGGCCAGGUUCUCAAGUUCAUCUCCAUCUGAGCUUGAGGUUAUGUUUAAACUUAUAUGUUAGUGUUUUCCCUACUUA